GGCCGUGACAGCUUGUCAACCUGUCAAAAUCUGAGGCACGGCCGUGGUGACCGAGUGACAGGCGCCGGGAGUAUCGGCACGCUCAGGAUGUCGAGGAAUUGGAGGGACAAGGUGAGCUGAGAGCAGCAAGAAUAUAAGAGAGUCGUCUUUCUUGGGGGUGGUGAGCAGCGAGCUGCCUGGGCUGCUGUUACGGCCUACUACGUCUUACUCCUGGUCAGAACGAAGCAAUAAUGAUCGGGAAUGCGCUCCUCCAAUAUGCAGGGCUUCUAGCCCUCUCGAACCUGCCGCCGAUUCAGGCUAUUCCGUUCCUAUAUACCCCAACAACCACCUUCUCUGCUGCUGAAACCGUCACGCCAGCUGUGGUGUCUCAGAUGAAUGUGACCUCUCAUGGCCCCUUUACAGGACCACCGGCAAUGACCACCGGGGCGCUAACGGCUUCCACAAUCCUGGCCUCGGAGAUUCCAUCGGCGCCUCCUGCUCCGGGAUCCUUCAAUUACACAGCCGACGGCAAGCUCCACGGCCCCGAGCCUGCGCCGUUUACUCCAAAUGGCGGCCUGGGGACCAAUGGAUCAGCUCCUGUCUACCGGCCUCAGAGUGACUAUGACUACCAGUCGCUGGCGCUAGCUCUCUACCAGGAAUGGAUUGAGCUGGAUCUCUUCCACUUUGGCCUGAAGAACUUCUCUACUGGACAGUUUCAAUCAAACGGAGUCAACGCCGAUGAUAGAUUUCUCAUUGAGUACAUGGCCGACCAGGAGGUCGGACAUGCUACCCUCCUUACCAAUAUGCUCGGCCCACAGGCACCUCGACAAUGUACUUACAACUAUCCCGUAUCCAAUGUGCGAGAGUUUCUUGACUUCAACCAAAAGCUUACGCGCUGGGGAGAGUCGGGCGUCUAUGGAUUUCUGCCGCAUCUGACCUCUAGACCUGCGGCCCAGCUGCUGCUCCAGAGUAUUGCAGUAGAGGCUCGCCAGCAGCUCAUCUUCCGCCAGCUUGGAGGACAGUUUCCGAUGCCGGUAUGGCACGUUCCCUCAAUUCCCCAGAGCUGGCAAUGGUCUCUGCUGGCGCCGUAUAUCUCCAGCUGCCCUGCCAACCAGACACGACUUAUAUGGCAAAACUUCCCUUCGCUCAAUAUCCUUAAUCAGCCUAAUCCUGCUCGCAUCAAUGCCUCUAAUGCAUUUAAUGAGACCACUGGUGGCUUUGCCAACAGUCUUUCAACUGCAAACAUCUCAAGCUCGCAGCUUUGCUUCAACGCCACCAAUCAGACGCUCAACUGCUCGCCAGCCAUCAGCCGGAACCGCACCAUCCCGCUUUCUUAUCCAGGCCGCCAGGUUUUCUUGCACUGGGACACUCCCGGAAAGCUAAUCGGGCCAAACAACAGCUACGUAACUACAACCAGAGCACGAGUGCCCCGGUGGGCGGCUUGGGUAUCGCAGCUAAACGUCACGUACUCUCCACUGCUCAACAUAAACCUGCGAAACCAGACGGCGUUUACUUUCCAGCCCAAUGUGUCGACGUGGGAUCAUGAUCCAGCAAUCAAUGGAACCAUGUUUUUGGCGCUGACGGAUGCAAGGAUCAACGUUACACCGUUCAACUUGAGCCAAAUCAAUCCUCAUGUUGCAGCUCUUGGAGUUUAUCAGGCUGGUUAAGCUGAUUUCAACUACAUAAACGAGGCAAGAAAAGUAGUUCCAGUAAAAAGGUUCCAGUCAUGUGAAUUUCGGUAUAUUCGGUAUGGGGCUGAGUUCAUGCUGUAUACAUAAUGGCUUCUGGAGUGGCAUCUAACUCUGCCAGACAAUACUAAGCCUUGAUCGUUAAUAGUAAAGAAGUAAACAAUCAAUUAAACGAACUUUUAAGGUUCCAUUAAUAUGUGCUAGC